GCUUUUUUCCGUUCUUUUCCUUUUUUUGCCGUUGUUUCUCUUCUUCUUUCUCUCUUGGUUUUGGGAUAAUUACAGCUACUGUAUUAUUUAGUGCUGUGGUUGGUUUGAUUACGUUCAGUUAACACAUUCCAUAAACCUAACUCUUCUCACUAACCUUUGCAACUACCAAAGCUUCAAACUUUCCACACACAAAUACCUCUCCAAAAUAUCUUCUUUCAAACCCCCAACAAAAUCCAAUCAAUAUUUCCGCCUUUUUCUCAAUUCUACCAUGAUUUCCUCUCUCAAGCAACCUGCCUCAUUCAGCCAUGGCUCCCAUUUUAUCACUUCCCGGACAAAUUUGGUCACUCCGGGAUGUUUGCCGGUGUUGCCAUCACUACGGCUUCCCCGAAUUUCUGCUGUUUCUCUCUCUAAACCACUGCACAUAGGGGCGCCGCCGAUAGAGAGAAAAAGGAAGGAGCUUUCUACUUCUAUCGGCUGCUCGGCCUAUGAGGCUGGCCGAUCGGAGCCGGUGGCGGACGCCCGAUCUGAAUCAGCGAGGAAGAUAAAGAUCGGAAUUUACUUUGCCACGUGGUGGAGCUUGAAUGUGGUGUUCAACAUAUACAAUAAAAAGGUGCUGAAUGCGUAUCCGUAUCCGUGGCUCACGUCGACGCUCUCGCUGGCUGCGGGCUCCCUUAUCAUGCUCGUCUCCUGGGCGCUGCGGAUCGCCGAGACGCCCAAGACCGAUCUCGAAUUUUGGAAAUCGCUUUUUCCGGUAGCUGUUGCGCACACAAUUGGGCAUGUUGCGGCGACUGUGAGCAUGUCCAAGGUGGCGGUUUCCUUCACUCACAUAAUCAAGAGCGGCGAGCCUGCUUUCAGCGUUUUGGUUUCGAGAUUCAUCUUGGGUGAGACCUUCCCGCCGACGGUUUACCUUUCCCUUAUUCCGAUCAUCGGCGGCUGCGGUCUGUCUGCUCUCACCGAGCUCAAUUUCAACAUGAUUGGUUUCAUGGGGGCCAUGAUCUCGAAUUUGGCGUUUGUUUUUCGGAAUAUAUUCUCCAAGAAGGGGAUGAAGGGGAAGUCGGUCAGCGGAAUGAACUACUAUGCUUGCUUGUCAAUGCUUUCUCUUGUAAUUCUCACCCCCUUUGCAAUUGCUGUGGAGGGACCACAGAUGUGGGCUGCAGGCUUUCAGCAAGCUUUGUCUGAUAUCGGACCACAGAUCGUCUGGUGGAUGGCGGCUCAGAGUGUAUUUUACCAUCUCUAUAACCAGGUGUCAUACAUGUCGCUGGAUGAGAUUUCUCCUUUGACGUUUAGCAUUGGAAAUACAAUGAAACGUAUUUCGGUCAUUGUCUCCUCGAUCAUUAUUUUCCAGACACCUGUACAACCCGUAAAUGCUCUUGGUGCUGCAAUUGCAGUUCUUGGCACUUUCUUGUAUUCUCAGGCGAAGAAGUGAUGACUGGGAGGCUUGAAAUCUGUAACUUAAACUGGUAAAACUUGGCGUGCUCGAGAGUGGAUCGAGUUUGUUGAGGAAACCGACCACGUUCGUGAACCAAGUGGAGCAGCGGCUUUACUUGUAGAUAGUAAUAAUGAGGAAUUGAUAUAGUUUUGAUUAGGGAUCUUGUUUUGCCGUACUUGAUGAGGUUGAGAAGAUAGUUUGUAAUAAGCAAUUGUGUGAAUUCAUCAAAAUGUCUAUUUGUUAGGCUUAUCAUGUUAGCAGAAGGUGUAUGGAUGAAUGAAAUUCUGGCAUUUGUGGUUGAGGAUAAAUAAGAAAAAUACAUCAUCUAUCUGA